UAUCGCAAAAGUGAAAGUAGAAAUUACUUUCGAACUGUAAUCAGAAAACAGUUCGACAGUGAAACAGUCAUAAUUCAUAGUCCUCUAACUCUAAGGAAUAGAGCACAAUGGACCUCAGAUGUGAAAGAGAAUGACCUUAAGUAGGAAGGGAUGAAUGUGAUGCACAAUGUGUCUCGUGUGGUUCAUGACAAAGUAUAGAAUCCUAUAGAUGAGGAUAAUUAAGAUGGUACAUUUGUAUGAAGAGGAUGUGUACCGCGUAAUAUCUUUAAUUUCUGGAUAAAAUGAGCCUGUUUUCUCCAAACCCAUUGCAAACAAUUCGUGUGAACUGUGAGGGAGCCAUUAAUGCUCUUGACACAAGCAAGGAUAACUCUCAAGUUGUGGUAGCUGGUAGAAAUGUAUUCAAGAUCUAUAACAUUGAAGAAGAAAAGUUUGAAGAAAAGUUGAACCUCAGAGUGGGAAAAAAUCUCAAUUUGAAUUACAGCUCUACAGAUGUAGCAUGGAAUCACAUAGAAGAUCACUACCUAGCAUCUGCAGCCACCAAUGGAUCUGUGGUACUUUGGGAUUUAAAUCGGCACUCCCACUCAAAACAAGAGUUUGUCUUUUCUGGUCAGCACACUAGAACAGUCAAUCGCGUGCGUUUCCAUGAGAAUGAUGCUCAUCUGUUGCUCAGUGGAUCUCAAGAUGGAAGCAUGCAUAUAUUUGAUCUUCGCAAACAUGCCUCUAGCACAGUAUUUAAAUCAGGGAACAGUAUCAGGGAUGUGCAGUGGUGUCCUCCACGUUUCAAUGACUUCUUCUUUGCAGCGGCUGAUGAGAGUGGCAAUGUGCACAUGUGGGAUAUGCGGCGUCCGGAUCGCCCAGAGAAACAAAUUACUGCAGCCCACAAUGGCCCCGUCUUCACUGUAGACUGGCACCCAGAAGAGAGGCACCUGUUUGCCACUGGUGGCCGAGAUAAAACAAUUAAAAUCUGGGACUUUCCUAAAAACCAGGUUGUGCAUCAGAUCCACACUUUGGCAUCUGUUGCUAGGAUACGGUGGCGCCCCCAGCGACGCCACUUUAUUGCCAGUUGUUCAUUUGUGGUGGAUUUUUCCGUCAGCGUGUGGGACAUCAACAGACCCUAUGUACCAUUUGCUUCUUUUGACAGACACACAGAUGUAGCUACUGGUAUUAUAUGGAGAAGAGAUGACCCCCAUGUUAUCUACAGCAGUAGCAGGGAUUUUUACUUGUAUCAGCAUGUGUUUAAGGAUGCCAAAAGACCAGCUGAUGAACUGGUCCCCGCAGGCUUAGACAUGAGUAUCCAUGGAGAUAUAUCUUAUGCUACUCUAGAAAAACCAGAUCUAACUGUGAAGUCAGGAAGAUUUUUCACCACCACCAGGAAAGAUGUGUCAAAAACAGAGGAGUUUCUUGCCUACAAAAAUAGUUUAAUGUUCACGAUAGCCAACGCUGAUAAAUGUUUAUCGAUGGACUACUUUGUGGACUGUGCCAGGAACUACCAGCUGUGUGGGGCCCCCCUGCAGGAGAUGUGUAAACAUAAUUCGGAACUGGCAGAAAGAUACAACAAUAUACAGGUAGCUCAGAGUUGGAGUAUGUUAAAAGUCAUGUUUGCGUCAUCUUCAGAACCGAAACAGCUAGUUGGAGCGUCCACCACUGCCAGAAGGGAGGCCCCACAAGAAACAUCAGUGACAGCUAUUCCCACGAAUGAAAUCAGUAAUGAGGAUACAGACGAGUCGUCACACACAUCAGAUGAAGAGGAUUAUAAGAAAGAAAAUUUGACAAAUAUUGCCCGAGGACAGAUAAUUCCCGAGGGCUGGGACAUUCUGUUUGCUGAGGGGGAUCAAGACAUACCGUACAAUAACAUAGAUGGACUACAGGAGUGGACCUUGCAACAUGAAGCAUUCCAACCUCGACACGAAAUUAAGGAUCACGGUAAUCCACUGGAUUCCAUACAGAAUGGCCACGACUCACCUACAAUCAGUGCCAAUGAGAGCGAGAACAACACUUUAAGUAUCCCACACCCAAACAACAGCUCCAAGGAGGAGGAGGUUUUGGGGCUGUUCAGAAAUACCCUGGAACUGCCCGAGUUCAGGUUUGCCGAUUAUGUGUCCAGGAUGUUGUCUCAUUAUGCAGAACAGGGUGAUGUGCAGACAUCAGUUUGUAUAUUGAUUGUGCUUGGACCAAAAUACAGACCUCAGAUAGAACCAGAAAUUCAGGAAAAUUGGUUUUUAUCUUAUUUAGAUCUGCUGGCCAGAUUUCAGCUGUGGACAACUGCUAAUAAGAUCAUCAAGCUUAGUCAUCUUCCCCAAGUCAACAUGCUGAACCAACAAUCCACUCGCAUCCAUGUGAACUGCCAUCGUUGUAACCGUCCCCUACAAAGGGUGGGCUGGUUGUGCGAUCGCUGUAAACUAGUUGUCAACAACUGCUCCCUCUGCCAUCUACCUGUGAAAGGACUGUUCAUCUGGUGUCAAGGUUGUUCACACGGAGGUCAUCUAAGUCAUAUGAAAGAAUGGUUCAAUCUCAAUAAACAGUGCCCCACUGGAUGUGGCCACUUGUGCGAGUUUACGUGAUUUGCAUAAAAAUGGGUCACUUUUACCUUGUGUGUUAGUUGAUUUGAUGUUGAGUGUAUUUGAGUAUAAAUGAGUUUUAUAUAUGCAAGAGCAAUUGUACCAUAUAUUUUCAUUUUUUAAAGACUUGAGAUUUGUCCACAUGAAAUCAACACUUUUGCAUGACAUUUACAGAAAAAACAACUGCAAAUCAUUCUGUGCAUGUUAAAAUACCCAAGUAAAGAUUCUAUUGUGCUAUUGUGUGUGAGUAAAAUCUUUAGGGCAUACUUUGCUAAAAUGCCCAAGUAAAGAUUCUGUUGUGCUAUUGUGUGUGAGUAAAAUCUUUAGGGCUUAAUUUGUUAAAAUGCCCAAGUAAAUAUUCUAUUGUGCUUUUGUGUGUGAGUAAAAUCUUUAGGGCAUAAUUUGUUAGGUUAAAUUGUAAGUGUACUGUGGGAUCAUCGGGGUGGGGGUGUUUGUGGAUAACCACAACCCUAAACCUAUUUCACUCGUCAAUUAGCACUCGCAGGAAAAAUUGUUAAAGAAAGCUAACACAAGGAAAGUGCUUUACAUGGUGUUUGAAUGUUUGAUUAUAAUUGUGACUGUGCAAUCAUUAUGUCUCACAUGUAUUUACCUGGUAUACACAUUAUAAUGCUAAUUGCAUUAAUUAUUUUUCUAAAAUAAAGAAGACCAUUAUUGUACAAAAUCAAUAAUGUCUCUAGAUACCGUAGUGGGAUUCGGAUCAAAUUUUUUUAGCAUAACUCAGAAUUGUGUACCAUAUCAAUGUCUUGUGAUGAUGUCAAUUUAUGGGUAAAGGUGACCACAAAAUCCACAAACUUUCAUCCCCCAUGAUGAUUCUGCAGUAUGCCAGUGUUCAUUUGUAAUUCAUUUGUUUUGGACAAAGUCAUUGCAACUUAACUGACCUGUGAAGGGUGUAAUAUUUAUACUCAUUGUGUACUGAUUAAGGUACAAUAAUUCAUAACUACAAUAUGUAUUUCCACGAUUAAAAAGUGUUAACAAUU